UAUUUUUGUAUUAUUUAUAUUUUAAUUUCUAUGUGUGACGAAUAUAUUAUUCAUAUUUUUCUUUUCGUUAUCAGAAAUGGUUUCUUGUCCGACGUGAUAUGUUACGUAUUGCGUAAUGAAAAAUCUUUUUCUCACGAAUGUGUGCGCAACUGUAUUCAAUUUGUUUGAUCGAUCAAUCGUGUACGGCAGGUGCGCUUCCUCGACGAGACCUUUUAAAGCGUAUAGACGUUGAUUGACACGUUUGUCGAAAAUUGCAGUUAGUAAAAGAUACUUGGAUUAGAAAAGUAUGGCCACUGAUCAAAAUGAAUCGGAAAAUUUGUUGCAAAGAGCUGUCAUCACGACGAAUCCGCAGGAAGCGGUUACGGAGUAUUUCGUAUCCAAGCAGGAGGAACGUAAAAUCAAAAGAUACCCAGACUGGGAUAAAGUGAGGAUAUGUCCGGCGACCGAGGUGAUCAGGGCACGCCGAGAAUUAGCUCAGGUCGACGAAAUGUUAAAGGACAAGUGGGCGGAACAAGGGACGAAGCGUAUGGAUAUGGACAAGCAAUGGGAGGAGGCGAGAAAUCAAGCUUUGAUGUUACGGCAGUCUUUCGUGAAGUUUGACCAACUCGUGCGAGAGAAUGUCGAGAAGCGCGAACGAGCGGAGCAAAAGAUCAAGGAGGAACACGAGCGUCAGGAGAAAUUCAAACGAGAAGCCGAUGAGCUCGAGCAGAAAUUGCAUGGCAUGAGAGAGGUAUUGGAUAAGAUGAAACGAUACACAGACGUACACAAGAAGUAUCAAUAUUACUUGGAGAAUGUGGUAAACGAUACAGGCGAGUUUCAGUCGAUCAAUGAUAUUUUUAAUCGUUACGAAACUCUGGUCGAAGCCAGACAAACGUUGCGUGAUCGUCAGGACACGAAUCUUCAGAUACUGGAGGACAAAGGCGCAGAGAUAUAUCAUUUGACGGACGUCAAGUCGCAGAUGUUGAUGGAACUCGAUAACAAAUUGGCGCAAUUGCAAACGCGGCACAAUCGUGCGAAAGCGCAAGCGCUCAGGUGGGAGGCGAUCGUCUCGAAAAUCAAGGAAAUCGCCGCCGCUAAGAACUUGGAGCUCACGCAAGUGAAGGCGUGCUGCUGGAACAUCUAUCAGCAGAUUUGCAAGAGAAAAGAGAUACCCGUCAAGGUGAGCAGCGAGGACGUGGAGCAGCAGCUGAUUCUAAUUAAGCGAACUAUCCUCGAAUUGAGACGGAUCAUCAAGGUUGCCAAGAGGAAAGCGCGCGAAGAGGGAGAUUCGACGUAUUAG